UUUGAUUUCCCCGUAGUUAAUGUGUGUUGCAUUUCACAAUGCCUGUAAUAAUAUUCACAUUUUCCGUUAUUAUAUCUGCAGGAUAUGCACAAUUUGUUACUGAAGGAAACAAUCAGACAGAUCAAGUUCAUCGUCGAAUCGGAGAUGAAACAAUACUGUAUUGUCCUAGGAGUGCAGAUGAUUCUUCAUUGACGUGGCUCGGACCACCUAAUCUUAUUCCAUAUACUGAUGGUAAACAAAUAAAUAAUGAUCUAAGGAAAAGUGAUCGAUUAGAAAUUACCGGAAAUCAUUCAGAGGGAGAAUUCAAUCUACAAAUUGUUAAUAUUACAAUUGAAGACGAAGGGCUAUACAGGUGUAGUGUUAUUGUAAAUGGAUCUCCUCGUGAAUAUGAUACAGAAUUAAAAAUAGAAAGAUUGCCUACAGAUCUGACUAUAAUCAAUAUGUCAAACGCACACCAACUAUUUGGUAUUGAACACACUGAGUUAAUUUUAACUUGUUCAGUCAGAAGGGGAAAUCCUGUUGAAAUAUUACAAUGGACGCGGAACGGCAUCAACAUUCAGAACCAAAAUGUGUCAUUAUUAUUUUCAAAAGAUAACGUUUCAGAAAUAUCAAUCCUUCAGUAUUCAUUUGUACUCUCCAGGGAACACCAGCAGGAUAAAUUCACAUGCUCAGCAGAAAGUUCAAUUACCAAGGAACCACUCUCCAAAACAGUGAACAUUAAUGUGUAUUAUAAACCUGCUAUUGUAGCUGAAUUGUAUCCCUCUAAUGAGGUGACAGAAGGCUCGGAUAUCUCAAUGCAAUGUAAUGCUGAUGCUAAUCCUGAAGUACAGAAAUACACAUGGCAAAAGUAUGACCAUGUGGUUGCAAUUGUUUCUGUUUAUAAUAUAACAAAAAUAGAUCGAUCACAAGCUGGGGAAUACACAUGUUCUGGAUAUAAUGAUCUUGGUGACAGUUCACACAAAAUCAACAUAUCAGUACUUUGUGAUAUGAAAAAAGUCUAA